AUGCCCUACUACCCGCAGCAGACGGUCUUCAGAGUCUCCUUCCCUUGGGUACACGCUGCACCUCUUCCUGACGAGAAGUCUCCUCCAGAGACACUCCUGCGGAGACUCUUGUCGACCGAAGACCGCCUCUCUUCUUUCCUCCUCUUGAAGGUCAAAGCAUUUUUGGUUGGCGAACGUGGAUUGUCCAAGAUUGUGUUUUCAAAUGGGAUUGUCGAAUGUCGAUGCUUGCUUGCCCUACCACCCGCAGCAGACGGUCUUCAGAGUCUCCUUCCCUUGGGUACACGCUGCACCUCUUCCUGA